UUAAACUGCCUUAUCCAUAGGAAGUAAUUGCCUAUCAUAGUGGCAGACUCGGGCUAAGUCAUUGAAUGUCUCCCCCAGGUAAGUAAAGAGUGUCUGGCCCCCAUCCCCAGUAGCACUAUACGUACCAAUAGUGGGAUGAUUCGUUCCUUUAAAUAUUGGGAGUCCAAUUGAAGCAGUAGUUAAUAGACCCAGUACUAGAUCCAUCCAUUAUUUGCUGUCCCUCUUCCUAGCUCUAAAGAUGAAGACUGAAAAGUCCAUGCUACAAAAGCUAUAAAUUCCAAAUGGGGGGUCCCUGCCAUCUAGUCUAUCGAGUAGGAGUUCAGUUACAUUGCUAAGCUAAUCCACUGCAUUUCGUCGAGUGAUGAUAAGGUAAAGGCGAGCAUCUAGCUCUGCUAAUCCCCUGUUCUUUGCGCUGUCCAGUGACAAAGCUUCUGGAGUUCUAGUGUCUCUUUCUUUUCGAAGUCUCUAAGGCAUCUUAGACAAUUAAGGAUUAUAGGUAGGUAGUAGGGUAAGCCCAUCAAAUUCUAUGUAAGUUGGAGUCAAAAGAAAAGGGCUUCAUCAAUUCUUUCUGCCCUGGAUGUAUUUCCUUCUGCCAUCGUCCUAAGGGCAGCCAUCCUUGUUGAUCCAGCUGAGGUUGCUGAUCUAAACGAUCUCCCCGAGGUUACCAAUCCAUGACGAUCCAGACAAACCAAUAUGGUACGGUCCAGCCGAACCAAUUGCUUAAAAAAGAGAACCCUUUGCAGCAGAGCCAGUUGAGACUUCUUAAUUCAUGAAUUGUAGGGAGGGACUUAUGUCACCACAAACCGAGACUUUUUUUGUGUCAAGUAAAAAGUAAGAAAGCCGACCAGCUCCAAGCAGCAAAACAUUUCAACAAGCACAUCCGCACAAGACAAUUCAAGGUUGGGGACCGAGUCUUCCGAAGAGUGUUCCAAAGCACCAAAGAAAUAGGUACGGGGAAGCUCGGCCCAACAAUGGAAGGACCUUAUACGAUUACGAAGGUCGUGGGACAAGGAGCAUACCGACUGCAAGAUGGCGAAGGCCAUCAGAUACCUUAUAGCUAGAACGCCACACACCUCAAAGCUUACCAUUAUUGUGGAAGGAUGGUAAACUCUUUGUUCCGACACUAGCUUAAGCAUCGGAGGGUCUUUCGCAUCUUUCGUCGACCAAUCCUCACCUCCUUUUGUUUUGAAGGGUACUCAAGAAUAGUUGACCGAUAGGCCGAAGAGCAUGAUCGCCAAGAACCAAUGAGCACAUCUCAAGCUCUUCCCAGUAAUUUAUUUGUUCUUUGUUAUUGCUUGCUCAGACACUGACUUAAGCAUCAAAGGGUCUUCGACAUCUGCCGUCGACCAAUCCUCACCUCCUUUUGUUUUGAAGGAUGUUUGAUCAGCAAUCGACAAGUCGAAGAGGAUGAUUGCUAAAAAUCGAUGAUUAGGAGGUUCGACAUUCUGAAAAGCUACCGACGAAACUUGGUAACAUAGAAGGCCAGACGAUAAACAAAUCAGAGGACUAAAACCCACAACUGACAGCAUGUUUGAAACCGUUAUCACAGAUGAGUUUUUCCAAUUAACUCUUUGGAUUGUUCUAUUAUAAUUUAAUUAGGUUGUAUUGUUCCUCAGUAUAGAACAGCUUUGUCUCUCUAAUAUGGUUACGACCCCAACUUUCGAAUUGAGAUAGCAAAAAUAAAUAUAAUUAAACACCAAAUGGUGGUAGAUUAAAAUUCAGAAAUUUAUUGAUAUAAAAAAAUGAUUGGAAUAGGAGUACAAUUCAAGUAUUUUUUCAAGACCAGACCCUUAAACUCUUACUCAUCUUAUCUAGCACCUCUUUGAUCAAGACAGAAAGAUCCUUUCCUCUUGGCAGGAGAUCCUUUCCUCUUGGCAGGAUUUUGCUAUUUAUACUGCCAUGUUGGAGACAAGUGUUUGGACGAUAAUCCUUCGAUCCUUACCAGGACAUGGGAUGGCUCUAAGUGUCAGAGGCUACACCUGUUGUGCCAGUGGGCAGGUUGAUGAUAUCUUCUUGUGUCAGAAUCAAAUCAGCCAGAUCAUUUCCUGCAUCACUCCAAGUCGAAGAGAAGGUAAUGUCAUCAUCGGCUUCGAUGUUCUUCCGAAUCUUCGACUGUCGAAGACACGUGUCUUCGACAACAUUGCUCGGAUCGAUUCUGAAUUGGUCUCUACUGCUGUUGGGCACGUGUUAUUAUGUAGCAUGGAUUGAAGAGUUUUAGGGCUUGGUUCGGCGUAAAACACAGAGAGUGGUGUGAGGAAGGUAAGAGUUUGUCACCCUAUAUGCGUUUUGAGGGAUUUGACGCCAAAACUAACCUACGUGUUUGGACUCCUGGGUUAUGUUGAUGAGAAUUGAAGGGUGCUUGUUUUCAAAAUUUAGGGUUUGCCGUGAGUUCAAAAUUUCUGGAUUAUUCCAACUAGUUGGGGCUGUCUUUACUGUUGAAAAAAAAACUACAGAAUUAUGCACUGUUUGGGCUGGUAUGAGUUUGGGUUGUCUGAGUCUGAAUUUGUGGAAUAUUGCUGGUUCAGAGCAGAUUUUUUGAAGUAUUAUUGCAGAUUUUUCUGGGAUGUGUUUGGGGCAAUUCUGUGCAGUUUUUGAAACUGUCGUUGCUGCCAGUUUUACAUCAAAAUUCUGGCAGAUUUUUGUGGUGAGUGUGCAAGGAAUGUGAAUUACUACAGAAAUUUUGGGCAAUAUUUACGGACUUUUGGGCUGUAUUAGAGCAGUUUUCUUGGGCAGUUUUGUGACUGAAUUCUGAGUUGUUUUGGUGCAGUUUGUUGGGCUGUCUUGGUGCAAAAUUUGAGUUCUGUUUAGGGCUAUUUUUUAUACUAGAUUUGUGCUUGGGGAGUAUAAGUUGUUUGAUCUUGGCAGAAUUGUUUAAAAUGGAACCUAAACGUGAUAGAGUGACUAAAGCAGCUAGAGUGGAUGAGGAAUUAAAUGUCCCACCGACUUUUGUGAUCAAAGAAGCGGAGAAAGACUAUGAUGAUUAUUGGGGUAAGAAAGCAGUGUCCAUUGAGAGAACAUUCAUGAAUCACACAUGAAUGUUUGACUUUCAAUUGAUCAUAACACAAGUAUUGCUGUAUGUUGCGUUACUUCUAGCAAGUGUACUAGCCGCAAAAGUAAUAAAGUGUAUGACUAGAGUAUCGUCCCACAGA